UUGACGUUUGCUUCUGCUCCUUCCCUCCGCUGAAGCACAUAAUCGCGUUUUGCCGACACAGUAUCUCGCUUGUGCAGCGAAAAAAGCCAUUCCCGUGCUCGGUCACUUUACAGGUGCGGUGUGAUAAAACACGCUCAAUAUCCAACACCUGCCCUCCUCCGAUCGAUCAACGGGCACGCGAUUGGCGUGCUUGGCGUGGUACGAAGCAGCUAAUACGCCAACCCCAACCCCAAAACAACGCCGGAACGAAGGUCCGUCACCGUGCAAGAGCGGAUAGAACGCACACAUUUGGUCAUGUUCCUGCCAAGGCGCUGAGACGGCAAACGGUAUUUACGUGCAUCACUAGCGUGCAACCACUAUCUCUUUCUGCUGGCCAUUCUAUCGAAAGUUGCGUGUGUGUGUGCCGGAGCGUCCCUUAGGUUAGGCAAACGUUGAGGAAUCGCGUUACGUCGGGUUAAUCUGCGAAGCAAACCCAUCCAGGUCCAGGCGAUCAAACUGUAAACAAUGGCCUCUCCGCUGGAGUACUUCGUCAGUUUCGUUCGUUCACAGAGCAGUGCAGGCAACUUCCGCGAGCUGGUCGUGUACUUGAUCGACUCGGUCGAGCUGGUGACAAAGAAUGGCAACAUUCUCGACAAUGUGAUGGAAACGUUAGACAUUCAGCAGCACUCGUUGGGCUAUCUGUUUGUGCUGUCGGCGAAAUUUAACGAUUCAAGUAAUGUUGACGACACAGAAAACGUGUUACGCAGUGUGCGCGAAUUCAUCACCUCCUGCGAUGCCGAACAAGUGCGAUACGCACCGCAAGUUUACUACGAGCUCUGCCACCAUCUGACGACGGCGCUGGUGAAAAACAAACAACACAUCAUCCAGGGCAUCCACGUGCUGGUGCUGGCGCUGGAGAAGAUACGCCUGUUCAACGCCCAGCUAACGCCGAUCCAUGCCGACCUCUGUCAGCUGUGCCUGUGCGCGAAGGUGUUCAAUCCGGCGAUACGCCUGCUGGACUGCGACAUUGCCGCGAUCGCCACCACCGACGACAACUACGCGGACACGAAGUACUUCCUGCUCUACUACUACUACGGCGGCAUGAUCUACAGCGCGGUCAAGAACUACGAGCGGGCGCUGUACUUCUUCGAGGUGGCCGUCUCGACGCCCGCCCUCGCGAUGUCGCACAUCAUGCUGGAAUCGUACAAGAAGUACAUCCUGGUGUCGCUCAUACUGCACGGCAAGGUGCUGCCGAUACCGAAGUACUCGUCGCAGGUCAUUACCCGGUUUAUGAAGCCGCUCAGCCACGCGUACCACGAUCUGUCCAGCGCGUACAACACGUCGUCGGCGGACGAGGUGCGAAACGUGGUGAACAAGUACCGCGACACGUUCCAGCGCGACACAAACAUGGGCCUGGUGAAGCAGGUCGUCGCCUCGCUGUACAAGAAGAACAUCCAGCGGUUGACGAAAACGUUUCUGACGCUGUCGCUGGCGGACGUGGCCAGCCGGGUGCAGCUCAGCGGACCGGCCGAGGCGGAGAAAUACAUUCUCAACAUGAUCAAAUCCGGUGAGAUAUUUGCCACCAUCAAUCAAAAGGAUGGCAUGGUCGUGUUCAAGGACGAUCCGCAGGAGUACAACGACCAGGAGGUGUUCGAAAUGGUGCAGCACCAAAUAUCCCUUGUGAUGGGGCUGAACAAGCAGAUUCUUAAGAUGGACGAGGAGAUAAUGCUCAACCCGGUGUUUGUUAAAAAAUCGUUUGGCAACCAAGAGGACGACGGAAUCGGUUGCAAUUCGAAGGCUUACAGCAGUGAUCCAACGGAAUAGAUUGUUGAAUUAUGUAAAAACAAAACACACAAACACACACACAAACACAGAGACACACUCAUAGACACACAC